AUGGUCAAAAUUGCAGUUGCUGGAGGCUCUGGAGGUGUUGGGCAGGAAAUUAUCGAUGUUCUUCUUGCCACUAAAAAGCAUGAGAUACUGCUGCUAUCCAGAAAGAAUGCGCCAGCUGAAGGGAUCCAAGGCGUGACUUGGAUCAAGACAGACUAUUUGGAUAUACAGCAACUGAAACAGGUCCUGCAAGGAGUACACACUGUACUGUCCUUUGUGACUGAGCAAGACGAUCCCACAAGUCCGAAGCAGAAAAAUCUCAUCGAUGCAGCGAUUCAAGCUGGUGUCAAGCGCUUCGCACCCAGUGAGUGGGCAUCAGCUGGCACUGUUCUUGAGUACAGUCUAUUCCAGCCCGGAUUUAUCAUCAACUACUUGACUCGCCCCUAUUCAUCGGCCAAGCACCUUCCACUCAUCGAUUUGCCAUGGGACUACCAAAACCGUCGAGCAAUAGUAGUAGAUGGAGGCGAGAAUGUAUGCCUCACCUUGACUACAGUGGAAGAUUUAGCCAACGUGGUAGCCCGAGCCAUCGAAUUUGAAGGCGAAUGGCCCGUUGACGGUGGUAUCAGCGGGAACGUUAUCACAAUAGGCGAAUUGAUCGCCCUUGGAGAGAAAGUCCGGGGUGGUACGCCCUUUACCAUUGAAAAAGUCCAAGCGCAAGACUUCACGAGCGGGGAAUGGAAGACUUCAUGGAUGCCGAUAGCCGACCACCCUUCUAUUCCACGAGAGAAUCUUGAGGUUAUGUCGAGGGUUAUCCUCGCCGGGAUUUUGUUGGCUGUUCACGCCAAUGAGCUCCAUGUUUCAGAUGCGUGGAAUCGGUUGCUGCCGGAUUAUAAGUUUAUGCCGAUUGGUUCGUUUUUGAUUGAGGCUUGGAGUGGGAAGCCUUGA